AUGCCAAACUGCAGUUUCUGUGGAAUUCUAAGGAAUUCUUUCAGACUCAAAGCAGACGACUACGCAGUCAGCAUAAACCCGGGGUCUUGGCUUCAUGCUAUCUUUCUGUGUCAAGUCGCUAGCAACAGGCCUCAAAGAAUGAGAUCUACAUGCCCAUAUCGGACUGCGCCGGAUACUGGCUACGAUAGCGUUGAAGCUGUCUUGUUCAGGGAUGGCGGGAUAGUUAAUUACCCGGAGAUGGUAGUUCACCGAGAUGAUGCCAUCAUUCCUGUGGCGGUUAUCAUGUAUGAGAGGUUUCCAUUUAUAGAAUGA